CAAUAAUAGUGAACGCUACACAACAACUUGCUUGUGCAGCUUUUGAACCACAAAAUUAAACACGCUUUAAAGUUUGUUAAAUUGAAAUUAAAAGAUUUUAAUUUUUUGUACUCUACUAUUGUUUGUGUAUCAUUAACAAAUGCAUAUAUAUAUUAAUAUCCGCUUAUUCGUGACUCGUAGUCACCUCGUAGUCAACUCGUGAUGCCACUUGUACGUUAAUAACCAUCUCUAAUAGCAUUGUUAUUGUUAAGGAAUCAAGAUUUACACAAAAUUUAAAUUAUAAAAUGAAAAGCCAUAACCGCACGCCUAGAAGUUUUAAGGCGGUGACGUGGAAGCGUUUGGGUUUCCUCCCAUCCAAUGAUAAAAAGAAAUACAGGGCUUUCUGCAUAUACUGUAAAAAGAAUCAGGCCAACACAAGUAUAGGACGUCUCGUUAUACACAGAAAAUCAUGCACUGAACAUAAAAUGGAUUUGACGGAGGAGUUUAAAGAGGGCGGUGUACUAAGCCUAACUGAAGGUUCACAUUGCUUGGACGAUGAGUUAAAGAUUGAUGAAGAGGUCGAAAGCGAACAUAUACCAGAAGCCGCACCCUCGGACUCUUCGACUACCAAUAUCAUAGACAAAUUGCUUGAAGACGACGAUACGGAGGUGUAUGUAAGUGAUAUUGAUCAUCCUCUAGCAAGCGGAUCCAGUCAAACGGAUGCCAACCGUUUGCAAAAGGAUCUCAUUAAGGCGGAAACCGAAUAUCUGGAGGCCAAGGCUGCAUAUUUUGAUAAGCUUCACGAAAUCUCCGAUCUGAGGCGUACGCUUACCAUGCUUGAGGCCAAGAAGACGCAACUAGAAAUAAUCCAGUUAAAGGCCGAGUGCGAAUAGGACACUUAGUAACACUUAAUUACUUAUUUUAUAUUUUAAUUAACGGAUCUUACAAUAGACUACAAUUAAAUGUUAUAUUACGAUAAACAACAAACCUACUAUUUUACAACUAGAAA